AUGCGCGCACUAUUCCGAAUCAGCCUCUUGCUGGCACUUUUAUUGCUCUUGGUAAUCCUACAUUCUUUCUAUCUAUUUGCUGGGGCCCAAAACCCCGAACAGGUGGCCACUCAUUUCGCCUACGUCUUCUACGCCACUGGUGAUAUCUACGCCUGCUCUGCCUUGGUCAAUAUCCACCGGCUCCGUCAUUUGUUCCACACCAAAUAUCCUGUGUAUCUGCUAGCGAGCUCGGCCGUGUCAGACACAUAUAAAGAGUGGUCCAGGGAGCAGUAUGAUGUGACGAUCAUCGAGCACGAACCACCUCCACUGGCUGGGCAGAGUUCACCUUACUAUCACGAUGUGCUGCUCAAGCUCGUCAGCUUCAACCUUCUCGAAUGGGCACCGCAGUUGCGUAGGAUCCUCGUGCUAGAUUCGGAUCAAAUCAUUCUGAAAUCGCUGGACGAUGUUUUUACUCAAGUCCCAUUGAAUGUCGAGGUCGCAGCGGCUCAUGCUUAUUGGUUCUCGGGCGACCCUGGCGCGACGACUGCGAUGAUCAUGGUAUCUCUCUCGGCACCGUUGUGGGCCAGGAUGGAUUCCUCCCUGAAAAACAUCACGGAGGACGUGUAUGACAUGGAUCUGAUCAAUUCGAUGUUCAGGGGUGAGAUGGCUCUUUUACCGGGCAACUAUGUCACUCUGAACAGCCACUGGGAGACUAAAGAGCUACCUUCGUGGACACAGUAUCGACCCGUACUGCCUGUGCAGCUGCCAUGGAAUAAAACCGUGAGUUCAACAGUUCAAGGAAGCCCACCCGCUUUACUACACCAUUCGAAGCGCAAGGAAGCUCAGAACCAAACGGCGGCGACCUUCCCCUUUUCGUCAGCCCCGAAUACCUUGUUGCCACAAAGCAUCCCGAUAGCUUUCACUACAUAUGAUCCCGCGACUAUCGACCCAUUGACGUCGAUAUUCCACGAGGACGUGUAUGUCUUGCAUUUCACUGCGCUGGGAAAACCAUGGACACACACCAUCCAGGCUGUCAAUACACUGCGACCUCAAGCCCAUCCACUAUUUGCGCAACAGUUCCUGCUCUGGCGUAUGGCUGCAAGGCAAAUUUGUCCCGUCGUGGAUAUGCAUGGGGCCGGGGGCAAUACGGUGGGUGGGAAGACGGGCUGGCCCGGGCUGGGUCUUCAGGAUGGUGAAUUGCCGAGUGACCGGUUUUUGGAUGACGUUUGA